UCCCUUCGGACGACUCGUCUAAAGCUUGACGUGGCAUCAUUGGUAGCGCAGCUAGCGCUUCGAAGUCUCCGCCUUUAUCGGUCCAGCGCGGAGUAAAGUCUCUUUUAUGGGUUUAAUCCUCCAUUAAUACAGCGCACCGAUCAUGUUUACGCUCUCGGAACUCGUCGUGCUCCUCAGCGCGAUGUCUUACACGGCGAGCGGCUAUUUCGUUAGCAUCGACGCUCACGCGGAGGAGUGUUUCUAUGAGAGCGUCAACUCGGGCACGAAGAUGGGCCUCAUGUUCGAGGUCGCAGAGGGAGGAUUUCUGGACAUCGACGUGGAGAUAACCGGUCCGGACGGGAAGCAGAUCUAUAAAGGAGACCGGGAGUCCAGCGGGAAGUAUUCUGUAGCCGCUCACAUGGACGGAAUCUACAAGUUCUGCUUCAGCAACAAGAUGUCCACCAUGACCCCAAAGAUUGUGAUGUUCACCAUCGACAUCGGCGAGGCACCCAAAGGACAGGACAUGGAGACAGAGGCUCAUCAGAAUAAGCUGGAGGAGAUGAUCAAUGAGCUGGCGGUGGCCAUGACGGCGGUCAAACACGAGCAGGAAUACAUGGAGGUCCGAGAGAGAAUACACCGCGCAAUCAAUGACAACACGAACAGCAGGGUGGUGCUGUGGUCCUUCUUUGAGGCUCUGGUGCUGGUGGCCAUGACCCUCGGACAGAUUUACUACCUGAAGAGAUUCUUUGAAGUGCGGAGAGUCGUAUAAAACCCUGUCUGUGUUCCACAACAUCAACACAUCGAGUCCAGUUAUACGAAUUGGAUCUCCAAUUCAACAGAGAUGGGAAGAACCUGGUGGUUCGCUAGUCCUCCAGUCUUAGUUUUGAUCUUUAUUUGCCCCAGUCGUAGAUCUCUUUAUUAUUUGUUUGGUAAAGGGUGCGAUUUUGAAUCGUUAAUUUGUUGAGUUUGUUUUAGCCCCAACGUCUUUUUAUUUUCUUGCUUGGUAUUUCUUUUUCAGUACUGUUACGAUUGCACAUGACUAUGAGAAUAAGGUGAUGAUGUGGUGUGAACAUGGUUUAAGAUUGUAAGGAAUUAUCAUUAUGUAAUAAAUCCAUCAGAUGAUGAACAAUGUUGAGAGUGAAUGGAAGCACAUUUCAUGCUCACGAUCACAUUUAGUCAUGCUGACGACCUCCAAGGCACAUAUUUAAACCUGAUUCUGGUAAAGCUUUUGCAGAUUUUCUGGUGUUUUAUAAAUGUUUCUUUUCUUUCUCUAUCUCCAGUCUCUUCACACGGGAGGGACUCUGUAGUUUUGUACCAUUUUUUUUUUGUCUAAACCAACUCUUACAUUAAAGAAAAUGCUAAAGGAUUUGGCAGAGGCUACUGUUGAACUGAUGAUAAAACUGUAUAAACCUCUGAAGUUCAAUAAAUAUGUUUGUCAAAUAUGGAUUUGAUUUAAUAAACAUGAAACGUGUUCUUAAAA